GGUGUUGGGGGCAACAUUUGUGCAAGACGGAGGGCAGGGAGAGGUUCUGCAAACGGAAGGGGAUGAACAGGAAGAGCACGGGCCGUGCACACAGAGGGGGGGAAACUGCAGGCUGUGUGGAUUUUUCUAAAUGUAUUUAUGCACCUCGUCUCUCUUCCGCCUAUGUUAAUGAUUUGUGUUAGCUAUGUAAAUGUCCCUUUAGUUUAUUGGCGCCACCGUCAGCUCUCCCUUCUACCUCAACAGUAAGCGUAUUAUCAAGCUAUCUUGACUGUAUCCAGCCUGCCACUGAACUUCCCGUCACUGAGAAGAACGCAGACGGAGAGAUCGAGCAGCUGAAUAGGAAACAUAGGGGUUGUCAAUGAGAAUACAGUUCAAUCUACACGGAGACCAGACGGAUAGACAAAUCAUUAUCAUUGUCUUUUAGUCGACUAGACGGGUCUGGACUGGCUUGCUUACCAACCUGCGUUGUAUUCCUUGCUGAGCACCCAGCUGCAGUUUGCCCCACUGUCGUCGAGGCUCGAGACAACCACUGGUGGGGGGUUUAAUGGGAUCCUUGUUUCAAUAGAACUCCCUUCUCCCACCCCCCGACGGACCUUCGCUCGAAUCCGACUCGGGCGCUGUCUUCCCCGGGGGGUGCCGGUUUUUGCUCAGUCUGACUGGGGAAGGAGGGCGCCCCCCCCCCCCCCCCCCAGCAUUGACUGUCGCUCUGGCCGACCCUAGUGGAGCCUAAUAUGGCAGGAAAUCUGAAGAAAGGCGGAGGAUUGAUCGGGAUGAUGAAGGACGCGUUUCAGCCUCAUCACCACCUCCAUUCCCAUCACCAACCUGGGGCCGUGGACAAAAAGACGGUGGAGAAAUGCUGGAAACUAAUGGACAAGGUGGUGAGACUGUGCCAGAACCCCAAGCUGGCCCUGAAGAACAGCCCACCUUAUAUCCUGGACCUGCUGCCAGACACCUACCAGCACCUCCGCACCAUCCUGUCCCGCUACGAGGGCAAGAUGGAGACGCUCGGCGACAACGAGUAUUUCCGCGUCUUCAUGGAGAACCUGACCAAGAAGACCAAGCAGACCAUCAGCCUGUUCAAGGAGGGCAAGGAGCGCAUGUACGAGGAGAACUCGCAGCCCAGACGGAACUUGACCAAGUUGUCGCUGAUCUUCAGUCACAUGCUGGCCGAGCUCAAAGCCAUCUUCCCCAACGGCCUGUUCCAGGGGGAUAACUUCCGAAUCACCAAGGCUGACGCCGCCGAGUUCUGGAGAAGAUCGUUUGGGGACAAGACUAUAGUGCCUUGGAAGGUGUUCCGGCAGGCACUGCACGAGUUCCACCCCAUCAGCUCGGGCCUGGAAGCCAUGGCCCUCAAGUCCACCAUCGACCUCGCCUGCAACGACUACAUCUCCGUCUUCGAGUUUGACAUCUUCACCAGGCUCUUCCAGCCUUGGUCAUCUCUGCUGAGGAACUGGAACAGCCUGGCGGUGACUCAUUCGGGCUACAUGGCCUUCCUCACCUACGAUGAGGUCAAGGCCCGGCUGCAGAAGUUCAUCCACAAACCUGGCAGCUAUAUCUUCAGGCUGAGCUGCACGCGGCUGGGCCAGUGGGCCAUCGGCUACGUCACUGCAGACGGGAACAUCCUGCAGACCAUCCCCCACAACAAGCCCCUCUUCCAGGCCCUCAUCGACGGCUUCCGGGAAGGAUUCUACCUGUUCCCCGACGGGCGCACCCAGAACCCAGACCUCACAGGACUGUGUGAGCCCUCGCCACAAGACCAUAUCAAAGUCACACAGGAGCAAUAUGAGCUCUACUGUGAGAUGGGCUCCACCUUCCAGCUGUGUAAGAUCUGUGCGGAGAACGACAAGGACGUGAAGAUCGAGCCCUGCGGUCACCUCAUGUGUACCUCCUGUCUCACCGCCUGGCAGGAGUCGGAGGGUCAGGGCUGCCCAUUCUGCCGCUGUGAGAUCAAGGGCACGGAGCCCAUCGUGGUUGACCCCUUUGACCCCAAGGACCCCAUAGGUGGCUCCUGUAGGGCCCUGUUCGGGGCAGAGGGCGCCCCCUCGCCCAGCUACGAUGAUGACGACGAUGACCGGCUGGACGACCCCCACCUCAUGAUGAGCAAGCUGGCCUGUUCCAAGGUGGAGCGUCCCCCCUCGCCCAUGUCCCUGGCGCCACAGUCCUCCCUGCCCCCCGUGCCCCCCCGCCUUGACCUCCUGCAGCACCGACCACCUAACCCCCCAGGAGCAUCCAGCCCAGGGGCCACAUCCAAGGCGUCCUCCCACCACAAGGACAAGCCUCUCCCCCUGCCCCCAGCCCUGAGGGACCUGCCACCCCCUCCUCCCCCAGACAGACCUCUCUCUGCCGGGCCUGACGGGUGGCUCGGCAGACGUCCCCUACCCUGCACCCCCCUGGGGGAGCCCAAGCUGCCCCCGGCCCCGCCCAACCGCAACCUGGCUGACUGGAACCCCAGGCCAGUGCCCAAGGCCCCCGGACAGCCACCCGCUGUGGGAGACACGCGGGGGGUCCGGGAGCUCUCCAACAGACACUCGCUCCCCCUGGCCCUACCCUCAGCGCUAGACGGAUGCACAGACGGACAGCGGAACAACAGCUCGCUCAGUCUGGACCAUCAGCUGGAGAAGGGAGCCCAGAGUUUUGGAGGCACGGCGUCUGGCAGUCAGGCGUAUGACAACCCCAAAGUGAAGCCGUCAGUCUCGGCCAAUGCCAUCUAUGCUCUGUCAACAAGAUCCCAUCCAGGUCUGAAGCCAGUGGCUGGGGAGGAGGCCUACGAGAGUGACGAGGAGUCCGACUACAUGAUCCCCACCUCUCGGCCCGUCCUGGCCCCCAUGGCAGCUCCCCUUGUGGUGGCAGAGACCCCAGUCCCCAAACCUCCCCAGCCUACCUCUCUCAACUCAUGGCCCAUGCUGAAUGACCUGGAUGAAGGACCUCAAAUGUAUGAAGCCAUGUAUAACGUCCAGGCCCAGGCUCACCUGGCCAGAGACUCGGAUUACUCUGAGCUGCCCCCCUUGGCCAGUACCAAUUGUCCCAUCUGGGAGAUCCCCUGCCCGGUCCGGGAGCCCCCUGAGGAGGUAGUGGAGGAAAACGGCUACGACAUCCCCAAACCAGUGUUGCCCAUGGCCCCUGCCCGACGCACCCUGUCCGAGCUGGGGGCCACUUCCAGCGCCGCCAUCAGCCGUCUCUCCAUGGACAGCGAGCCCGGAGCAUCCGCCUCCUUCUCAGAUUCCAGCGACGCCCCAGUGCGGCCGCCCAAGCCCCUCCCCCGCCGCAUCAACUCCGAGCCCCGGCCCAGCCCCGUACCUCCUGGAUUAGGCGGUGGUGGAGGAGGAGGAGGUGGAGGAGUAGCCAACCCCCAGAUCACCAGUGAGAUCGAGCAUCUCAUGAGGCAAGGCUACACCUACCAGGACAUCCAGAAAGCCUUGAUGAUUGCACAGAACAAUAUGGAGAUGGCCAAGAAUAUCUUGCGCGAGUUUGUCUCCAUUCCCUCCACAGCUCACAUUCUUACAUAGUACCUCCUCUGCUCCAGCCCUGCCCAGCUCAGCCCAAAGCCCAUCGCCUGCAGUACUAGCGCUUCAGUGCUAACUGGAGCCCCUGCAGUCUCUUGUGCGGCGCCCUCUCAAAACUAGCUCACUCCGAGCCCUGCGCUUCACUCGCUUUUUUAAGAGUGUCCGGACGCCUUUUGUCAUGUGCUGCAGGGCCACUCUCCAGAUCCCAUGGGGUGAAGUGAUGAUGAUGAUGAUGAUGGUGGCUCAUCGCACGUCCGGCGCUUCGGCGGUCGUUUUCACGUCCUCUCCAGGCCUCUACCGAAAUGUAAUCGACACCUCCCCCCCCAAAAAACAUGUAUGUGUGUCUAUCUAAGAAUUUAAUAUUUAACUAAAUAUAUAUUAAAUGUGUAUAAUGUAUACAUAUAUAUUUCCAAUGAGUUCCGCUUCGAAGGUCUGUUCUUGUCUUCAUGUUAAGGAUAGAUUGCAGAGGACAAAGAUGGUGAUUCUUUGGGAGAGAGCACCCUUCUAUAGUCCCCAGCCCUCACUUUGAAGAGAGCGGCGGUCUUCGUUUAGCAUUCAGAAGCAGGCGUUUCCUAGACUCACAGCAGAACAUUUGGCAACAUGUCAAAUAUGGCCUUUAUUAAUAUUGCUUCGGUACUUCUUUGGGGGGGAAAUGAAUGUGUGUGUGUGGUUUGCCUCAAAGUAGCAUGAUGUUAGUGUGAGAUGUCUAGACUGUUGUCUUCAGCUGAGGGUGUGUGUGUGUGUGUGUGUGUGUGUGUCGGGCCAAUGACUUGGCUAGUAGGGUUGGGACAUGUGAUGGCUGACCUAGCUCACUGGUUGACCAUAUGACCUAAAACCCCGGUGAAAAGCAAAGCUGUGUUUGACUGUGUUGUUAUCUAUGUGCAUCAUUUUCUACUGUGGGUGGCAUUGUUUCCUACAUCUAACCACCCCUAAUCAUCUCGUCAGUGAUUUCCAUGACCAGACUGGGAUGCCUGUGUUUUUUUUAGUUUUUUUUUCAGUAAGACGUUUUUUAAGAGGCAGUCCUGGCUCUGCUGUCAGAGCUAAUCAAUCGAAGCCAUCUGCGAGGUCCCGGUUGGCCCAUGUCCCAAUCCCUCUUCUAUUCGUGUGCAAAAUGAAUGUGGAAUUAAUAUAUUGCUCAGACGUUUUUUGUUCUUCCUCAAAUGUAGUGCUCUCUUAACAAGAGUCUGAAUGGGAGAGUCUGAAUGGGAGAGGCAAAGUGUACUGAAACUUAAUGGUGAGCGAAAAAGGAUUGAUGGAUUCUAAUAAAGGCCCAGUACCCGGGCCAAGAUUCUAUGAUCCAUUGAAAACCACUCAGACAUGAGGAGAGCUUCGUCAGAGAUGUACACCGAAGCUGUUCAGCGUGGCGUAACAAAAUAAUGUGUCAUCGAUUACUUUAAUAAUAUAUUAUUAUUAUGAUCAUUAUUGUUAUUAUUAAUUCAGAAGUGCUUUACUGCUGCUACUAUUGUUAGUGCUAUACAAUUAAGCCUUAAAUGUACAUUUGUGAAUAUUGUUUAACCAGGUUUUUUUUUAAAGUGACAGUAUCUCAUUUGUAUUCUUUAUUUGGUGAUGUAGCAUACUUGAAAAUGCAAGCAGCUUGGGUUGUGCAAUUCAAGCUGACUUCAGUUGUUUUCCCAUUUUUAGGAUCGUGUUUGACUGGAUAGCCUUUAGAGGAAUUACGAUGACGUCGUAAACGGCGCUGUCAGCUUGUUGACCUACGUGGUAGCACCAGCAAAACAAUGUGAUUGACGAAAAGUAACCGUGUCAUAACUCAUUCGGGAAUCUGUAUGGUAGAUGCCUCCCACUUUUCAAGGGGAGUCUAAUCUAAUCUAGAUUACAAUUGUGCGAGCUUUGUCAUUUAAGGAUCGACUUAAUUGCACCGCUUGCAAAAAGCCCAGUAGCUUAGUGAACAAGAACAUGUUGAGACGCACACCCAAAACAUUGACGAGUUGCAGCCCCAAAAAAAAGGAAAAGGGGGGUGGGGGGGAAAGUUGCACAUUCUAUAAAACUCUUUAUUUAUUUUCGUAAACCUUUUCGGUCACACAAUGACGGGGUUCUAAAGAGUAUGACUUUUUCCUAUAGAGAUAUUACAACCAGUGUUUGGGUCAACGCAACAGCAGGGUUUGUGGACCAGUUGGGAAUGUGGCCAUUUUUUAUCUCUGUUUUCGAUUGUUAAACACUCCCUGGUUGAAGGAGGACUAACACAUCUUCCUCUGUAACUAGGGUUGCAAAGUUACUGAAACGUUCCCAAAUUUCCCAGAAUUCCCAGUUGGAGGAUUCCCUGCUUUUACCUCCCGAUUCCAGGAAAAAUGGUGCAAUCCUAUCUGUAACUCAAGAAUACCGUAUGUACCCUAGCCAGACAAGUGACUUCACAUGGACUGUUCCGACUCGGCUUGACUCUGAGUUGGCAACGAAUUGUUAAACUAACCAAUGCACUCAUUGAAUUACAGUAGGGUGCAUCUUGUUCCUGUAUGUCUACAUGGUAGGUCUUCAUUCACUUUGAGUUUUCCUGCGUUUUCAGAUUCAGUGGUUAUAGGGCCUUGGGAGUUUGAACGCAAUCCACAAACCCCUAUUUUUAGGGAGUCCAUACCGAUGAAUAUCCGAAUAUCCACACGUAUUGAAUUUACGAAAGAAGCCUAUUACUAAUUGUCAUCAUUUUGUGCUGACUUCUAUGACAUUGUUGGUUAAAAUGUAAAAAAUCUCACUGACUCACAUUCCUAGAUGUUUUCUCUCCAGGACCGGUACUAUUGAGGUACAUUGGCUUCACCCCUAAAGGUGGAGAAGCUCGGUUAAUGGGAUUGCCGCCAUGGGCUGUAGAAUCACCGUGUAGGCUAGCUUCUCAACUGUAUCUCACGGUCUCCGGACUGGAAGAGGUUUGUGCGGUGUCUUUUUGUUUCUUUUUCUUCUGUUCCUAGUUGCCUUGAGGGAAAGGGUGAAGUAACUUUCGAAUGCACCACGUUCAAUAGGGAUUGUGAGGUUUCAGAAUGGAAUCACUUAUCCUUUCAUCUUGAUUUACUGUACUGAUUCUUGUCUAUGUAUGAACAUGUAUGUACAGUGCCUUCCGAAAGUAUUCAUACCCCUUGACUUGUUGCAGCCUGAAUUCUAAAUGGAUUACAUAUUUGUUUCUCACCCAUCUACACACUAUACCCCAUAAUGGCAAAGUGAAAGUGCUUAACAAUGUUUGCAAAUGUAUUGAAAAUGAAAUGCAGAAAUAUCUCAUUUACAUAAGAAUUCACACCCCUGAGUCAAUACAUGUUAGAAUUGCCUUUGGCAGUGAUUACAGCUGUGAGUCUUUCUGGGUAAGUCUCUAAGAGCUUUGCAUUCCUGGAUUGUACAAUAUUUGCACAUUCUUUUUUUUCCCGUUUUUAUUCUUCAAGCUCUGUUAAAUCAUUACUAGACAACCAUUUUCAGGUCUUGCCAUAGAUUUUCAAGCAGAUUUAAGUCAAAACUGUAACUCGGCUACUCAGGAACAUUCACUGUCUUCUUGGUAAGCAACUCCAGUUGUAGAUUUGGCCUUGUGUUUUAGGUUAUGGUUCUGCUGAAAGGUGAAUUAAUCUCCCGGUGUCUGGCGGAAAGCAAACUAAACCAGGUUUUCCUCUAGGAUUUUGCCUGUGCUUAGCUCCGUUACAUUUAUUUUUUUUAUCCUGAAAACUCCCCAAUGAAUACAAGCAUACCAUUAACAUGAUGCAGCCACCACUAUGCUUGAAAAUAUGGAGAGUUGUACUCAGUAAUGUGUUGUACUGGAUUUGCCCCAAAUAUAACACUUAGUAUUGUGGAGUAACUACAAUGUUGUUGAUCCAUCCUCAGUUUUCUCCUAUCACAGCCAUUAAACUCUCAAACUGUUUUAAAGUCACCAUUGGCCUCACGGUGAAAUCACUGAGCGGGUUCCUUCCUCUCCGUCAACUGAGUUAGGAAGGACACCUGUAUCUUUGUAAUGACUGGGUGUAUGGAUACACCAUCCAAAAUGUAAUUUAUAACUUCACCAUGCUCAAAGGGAAGUUCAAUGUCAGCUUUUAUUUUUACCCAUCUACCAAUAGGUGCCCUUCAUUGGAAAACCUUCCUGGUCUUUGUGGUUGAAUCUGUCUUUUGAAAUUCACUGCUCAACUUAGGGACCUUGCAGAUAAUUGUAUGUCUGGGGUACAGAGAUGAGGUAGUCAUUCAGAAAUCAUGUUUUUGCACACAGAAUUAUUAUUGCACACAGAAUUUGACUUGAUUUGUUAAGUACAUUUUUACUCCUGAACUUAUUUAGUCUUGCCAUAACAAAAGGGUUGAAUACUUAUUGACUCAAGACGUUUCAGCUUUUCAUGUUUUAUGAAUUUGUAAAAAUGUAGAAAAAAUAUUUUCCACUUUGACAUUAUGGGGUAUUGUAUGUAGGCCAGUGACAAUCGACAUGAGCUUCAGGCUGUAACACAGCAACAAUAUGUGGAUAAAGUCAAAUGGUGUGAACUUUCUGAAGGUACUGUAAGUGUAUAUUGACUUUUUCUGCAUACUAUACCAAUUUGUGCUACGAUACUGUCACUUAAAAAAUGAAGUGUAUACUGACUGAUUUAAAAUAAUGUGCGGAAAUUGCUAUGUUGUAUUUUAUUCAGCAUUCCUGUAUAUGUCAGAAUUCUAUUUUGUAUUUUUCCCCCCAAUGUUUUUUUGUUGACUUUUGUGAAUAAUUCUGUGAGCAGUGCCAUAUGUUUAGAAGUGUCGGUAACGUCCUACUGCUGACUAAGGCAUCGUCUGACAGGAGGACUUGGUCUCGGAUAGUCCAGUGUUCUCCUUACAGUACCUAUAGGCCCUCUCUGCCUAUUGGAUGGCGUCACCACGUUACACACCAAACUCCUUUUCUCAGUUGGAAUUGUUCAACUUUUUACCAGAAGAGGGAGCUGUCUGUCCACAUUGCCAUGUUUCUUUCAACAGUCGAGGCGUUUGAACUUUUUGAUGUUUUUUAAUGCUCAUAUCACUUUGGAAGUAUGCACAGUGCUGUACUGUUUAUUAAAUGAAUAGUAAGAUG